AUGCCCAGCGACAAUCCCGACGAGUCCCAGCCCCUCCUCCCGCUUCACGCUCCCUCCACUCCCACCGCCUCCUCCUCCCGGCGGCGUCAUGGCUCGGGUCUCCAAGCACGCCGCUACAUGCCCUUUUCGUCGGACGAAGAACAGCGCAACAGGCUUGCAGCCGAGUACCGCGAUGGAAGCGACACCGAAGAAGAUGAGGACGAAGACGAAGAGCAGCGGAUAGGAAAGAGACUCGACAAAGGCAAAGGACGAGCGUUGCCCGAGGAUGAAGAGCCCAAACCCACGGACGAUUCACCACCGCCAGCCGAUACCCCUCCAGAACCACGCGAGAUAACCAUCAUCUUCUCCAAUGCUCCCCAUCCCAACCUUUCGCUCAUGCUUAGCCACAGCACCUCCAUUGCUCAACUCAAAGCACUCAUCCGAUCACACGUCUCGGAGCUGCAAGAACGGGGCUUGAGGCUGAUACAUUCGGGGAGGCUGCUGAGCGAUGGAGUGAGGCUCGUUCCUUGGGUGGAGACUAUGGAAAGUAGAAUCAAGCGCCAGGCGGAAGGGGGCCUGGGACUGGAAGACGUGGUCAGGGGGGUCCGAGAGAUUGGCGAAGGCGGUGGCGGGAAGAAGGGGAAGGAAGAGAGGAAGUUAUAUGUUCAUUGUAUAGUGGGUGGCAAUGAGGGGCCUCAGCGACAACAAGAAACGGUGGAAGCGGCGGCGAUGCCUCGGAGACGCGGAUUCGAUGUUUUGCUAGACACGGGAUUCUCCAGAGAGGAUGUUGCCCAGAUGCGGCGGCAGUUUUAUGAAAGCAGAGGCGAAGAGGUACCUGAUGAUAUGGACACUGGCGAUACCAAUGAUGAGCAUGCCAGGGCGCUGGAAGAGCAGUGGAUAGAAGGCGACAUGACUGCAGAGACUGCUGCCACUUCAACGGAAGGACUCUACACUGCGAUCCUACACGGUCUCCUUUUUGGAUUUCUCUUUCCACUUUUGUCGUGGUUCUUUCUACGCGAGGGUCCCUUGCCCAACUUUUUCGACGCCGAUGCCGAGGCUAUAGCAGAGUUCCGUCAACGAGCAGAAUCAGGACAUGCUGAAGGCGCUUCGAAUGCGGAAGAAUAUGGGGGUGGAGCCACGGGCGAGGCGGGUACAACAGCCCCGGCGACUGCGGCUGAGGAGGUAGUGGCUGCCCAAGUGGACGAGAUGAGACAGAUCAGCGCAAGGGUGGCUGCCAACUUUUCGGUGGGAGGUUUGAGUGUCCCUACGCAUGUGUUUGGCAAGCGGAUGAAGAUGGGUAUCGUGAUUGGAACGCUGCUCAACUUUGCGUUUGGAGCUUUGAGGAUGCUCAAUUGA